UUUUGUAUUUUUGUCUCUGUGAUCUGUUUAUAUUUAAAAUAAUAUUAUUCUAGAGUUUAAAACAAUGACUAAUGUAAAGGAGACUUCGUGUAGGCUUUGUCUUAAAAAUAUAACCAAUAAAAGUUUUGAAGUGAUAAACAACAUUAUCAGAGACAUUCUUGAUGGCCUUUUACUGAAAUUGAAACUUGAUAGCGGAAGCAAAGAGGUUAUAUGUAGUGCUUGCAGAAGAAAGUUAAACACGGCAUUAGAAUUUAAGUCAACGUGUCUGAACACCAAUAACACAAUUAUUCCUUAUGUGGAUAACGAAAAAAUGUUACGGCUUGACUUAAGGGAAGUGUACAUGCAGGAAAAGAAAAGUGAAUUAGUUUGCAGUCAGAAAAUAUGUCGGUUGUGUAUGCAUCCAAUAAAAAGUGAAUUUAGAUGCAUACGUGAAGAGGAACUUGAAACUAUUCAGAAAUUGACUCCUGAAAUGAAUGUAAAUAUCAUCAAAGAUCCCGUUGUGUGUAAUCCAUGCUUCGACACUCUGUGCACCCACAACAGUUUCCUAAAAGAUUGCUUAGAGGUAGAAGAAAAAAUUAAUAGUAUUUUUGACAGUUCAGCCACAGAAACCCAAAUAGAUAAGUCUCCACUUGAUUUAUUCAUAAAGACUGAAGACUUGGACAAAGAAUUCGAUAUUAAUGAAAUGGGAAUGUCGAUCAAAGCUGAAUGUGUUGACAUAAAGUCGGAAGAUGAGGAAGGCAGGGGAGCGGCGGCGUUACAUGGCAUCCGGCAACGUGGGGCUCGAGUGUUGAACGGCUGCGACAACACUAUUGACGAAGGAUUCGUCAGAUCUGCGACUCGCGUGCUACAGUCUACCGCGAGUGACGACGCAAUGUGGGACUAUACGGUUGACGAAACUCCGGUGAGGGUUCUGGGUAAUCCCGAGGUAGAAACACAGUGA